UAUUUUCUAAUGUACAUCUAACAUUUCCUUUGGAAUUUUCAUUUGCAAUUUGUCCAGGAAAGCCACGUGAACAAAAAUGGUGAACGAGAUACCUCUUGAAACGGUGAAGCAGCACAAUAAGCCAACAGAUUUGUGGGUUGUAAUAGAGAACAAAGUCUACGAUGUAACAAAGUUCCGUAGUGAGCAUCCAGGAGGCGAAGAGUCCUUGGACGAAGUGGCAGGUAGAGACGGUACCAAGGAGUUUAUGGAGGUCGGUCAUAGCCAGGAAGCCAGGGAGAUAAUGAAAAAAUUUUAUAUUGGAGAUCUGGCUGCGAAAGACUGUAAAGGAAAGCUUCCGUUAAGGGAAAUCACCUUAUGCCUUAUAUCGUUCGCCAUUGGUGCAGCAGCAAUAUUUUUCAUUAAAAAGACUUUAGCAAGGAACUAGGAAACGAGCUACCCACAGCUGUCAUUCCAGGGUAAAACUGUGCAAUUUGUGUUCGUGCUAAAGAUCAUCGUCGGUUGAUAAUUAUAUAACACAUAAAUAACAAAGUAAUUGUAAUAAAUAUUAAAGUAUAAAUAAACUAAAGUAAAUAUUGGUGGAAAUGAAAGUAAA